AUGAUUAUUCUUUAUUUGUUUACAAAACACAAAUUCGAGUCCUCCUUUACUGUGAUCCUCGCUUAUGUUGAUGAUCUCGUCCUGGAUGGAAAUGAUAUCGCUGAGAUUCAAUCCAUCAAGACCAUCAUUGAUCACCAAUUCAAGAUUAAAGACUUGGGAAAUUUGAAAUAUUUCCUUGGCUUUGAAGUUGCAAUAACUGCCAAAGGAAUUGCUCUUUAUCAAAGGAAGUAUGCUCUAAAUCUCUUGGAUGAGUGUGGCCUAUUGGGCAUAAGACCAGCGACUCCGGUCUCGGAGCUAUUCUUUGCAGCAGAUUCUGAGCUUCGCCUUUCUGGUUUCGCUGACUCAGAUUGGGCACAAUGCCCUGACACGCGACCCUCCCUUACUGGUUUUUGUUUCUUCUUAGGCUCUUCGCUCAUUUCAUGGAAAAGUAAGAAGCAAUUUACUGUUUCCAGGUCAUCUUCUGAGGCCGAAUAUAAGUCACUAGCUGUGGCCACCUGUGAGGCUCAAUGGCUCAGCUACUUGUUGAAGGACCUCCGCAUCGAUUACAAACUCCCAAUUUUUCUGUACUGUGAUAACAAGCUUCUUAGUGGCCUGCUUCAUCUCCUACCAAUCAUCACUACAGAUCAAGUGGCGGAUCUGUUCUUCAAACCUUUAUCUCGUGCUCCUUUUGAUUCUUGUGUGUCCAAACUUGGCAUGCUUGAUUUUCAUCAACCAAGCACUGCCAGCUUGAGGGGACAUGUUACCUGA